CUCACAGACAACUUCUACUCUCUACUGCACAGUAUUCUUCUGCAUCCACACCAAUAUACCUCGUCUUCCUUAUUGUGCCCCCACUUGCUAUCGCACAUGCGGUGAUAUACGGUGUCCCGUAUCCUCGUUGCCUCCCUAGCGUCCGGCGACUCGUCCGCUAUGUUUCCACCCUGUGCGAGUUCUUUGACGAAGGCUUGUCGUGAGAGCAAAAAGCCUGCACAACCCGUACAUCUGUCCUAUCUCUCAGGAAGUGGUGCAGGAGAGCAUGCCCUUUGUCCUGGAUGUUGAAGCCUUAGAUGAGAGAUCAGCCAAGAGACGGAAACUUACAUCGUUAUCGGACAUGACUCGAUAUUCAGGACAGGCAUAUUAUCAUUGUGAGGAGGUGCCUCACGGCCAAGGAUCAGAAUCAGAGGAGACACAUGGAUCGGAAGAGCGGUAUGCCCCAAGCCUCGAACAAAGGACGGUCACGACGAGCGAUCGAGACGAAUUGAUUCAGUGCAUCAAAAGAGGCCAACGGCCAACUUGGGUACCCAGACCAGGGCUGGAAGCUUUGUGUGCUGAAGUCAAUGCUGAGCAGAAAGAUCUUCGUCCGGACAUGUUUCAUUCUGAAGGAGAUAUCCAAUCAUCACAUACUCAACGUGUACACGAACAAGCAGGGCCACUACCGACUUCCUCCCCCCAAGGCUCUGCCACGGAAUCUUUGAGACGAUCGUUGUCUGCUUUCCAUACUGGUGACUUUGGAAGCGAUUACGCAUGGGAACCUUCCAAUCCAGCAACCACUUCUACACCGACAAGACAAUAUUUUUCAUUAGAUUAUGGCAAUUCACCUCCGACAUGGCUUUCAGAGUCAACAGGCGUUGCAAAACCUCCCUCUCCCUCGGCACCUUCGUCAGAACCGAUGAGGCGAUCACGAGCGCCUUCUUUGGGUAGUAGUCUAACAUCGAGCUUCGUCAUGCGAGUUCCAACCAGCCCGCUUGUUCAUGCUACCAACAACCCUUCCCUCGAUUUUUCGCCACGGAAUCCAUUGGCUAACGAUGGAACCAAGAGUGCUCGAAGGAGGACUAUGCCUCCAAACGCUUUUGGGGCUUUUCGUAUGUCACCCAUCGAUGGCGGAACAUCCAAUACUGUUCCUAACCUACCAACGUCUGAUGCACAACAUGAAGGUAGUGCUUUUGCGUGUCGGCCUCGCCGCUCAUUGAGUUCUUUUACAUAUCACCCAGCGAGCAACCCACAGCUACCCUUCGUGGCCAAGCCAAGGCGCCCGUCGCUGGCUUGCGAUGUUUCUCCUCGCCAUCGAGCAUCCAUGGUGGGGUCUUUUGAGGAGUCUAUUCUACGAGGCCGAAUGUCAACGCCGCCUUCGAGACCACUUGACUUCGUUGCGCAGAUUGGCGUGGUUGCAAAAGGCAAUUGUCCCCCCAGCUUGAAGUGCCCGGCGCAUGUUACGGUUCCCUUUCCUGCGGUGUUCUACAACUAUCCAUCUACAACUGAGUCGAGGUCUAUCUCGGACGAUAAUCCCAGUCCUUAUGUCGGUACUAUUGAUCUGGAACGAAACUUGAAAACCCCUGAAUCUCCAGCUCGGCGGCCGCGUCGUGCUGAAGGUCCUGUUGAUACCCAAGAACUAGUGGCCGAAAUCACAAGUCCCGAGAACACGGCUAUUGGCAGGGCGCUCGCCCGGGAUGUGCAAGAAAAGAAAGGUAAAAAGGCAGAUCUGUCCAAGGUGCCUACAGGAGGAGCGUAUCGGGUGCCACAGAAAGGACAACUUCAAAUUAUCAUCAAGAACCCCAACAAGACCGCCGUGAAGCUGUUUUUAGUGCCUUACGAUCUCAACGGCAUGUUACCAGGAACAAAGACCUUUGUUCGACAGCGAAGCUUUACCUCCGGCCCCAUCGUGGAGAGUGCAAUAACAGAUGACAAGGUCAGCCUAGCAAGCCGUGACCCUCUCAGCAACAAAGAUAUCCUUCGGUAUUUGAUCCAUCUCAAAUUUUGUUCAACUGGCAAGGGCCGCUUCUAUCUCUACGACAACAUCCGUGUUGUUUUCGCCAACCGGGUCCCUGAUGGCAAGGAAGGGCUAAGGAACGAAGUUCAGUUGCCUGAACCACGAUUCAGCCCAUACAAACCCGCUGAGACCGGAUGCCGAAGCCCAAGUGUUUCUGCGCCGAAGCUUUCCUCCUUGCUACCGGACAGUGUCUCUCCGGAUUUUGGAAGCUUGGACGAUAUCCUAGACCAAAAUGCGAUCCAAGACCAGGCCACGAAACGGCCGCAUCCAUCAAACAUGUUCAACGGUACUUUGGCCCAGCACACCUCGAGUACAGGUCCCAGCAUUAUUCACCAUGAGCAGACACCCUUCGAACCCGGUCGCACCGUCUCGCCAGUCCAAGGCUUCUUGCCCUCUACAUCUUCGCGGAGUUCACCCGUUCCAUGGUGUGACCCUCGUAGUAUGACCAUCACUCGCGGUUUCUCCCCUGCACCUGUAGAGGCUGGAGAUGGGCUGAUUUCUCGAAAGUUGCGAGAAUUGAGUGCUGGUCGUGUUGCAAGCCACACUGAUCUCAUGGGGCCCUGAAGUGCUUGAGAGACGAUCCUAUAGAUUUUGGUUAUGACGAUUUAUUUGUAGCGGCGUACUGGAUGGACAUUGCAUCACAUGGAUACCCCUUCGGCCACACACGGGAAUUUCGUAGUUACCAUAUGAGAACAGAUACACAUAUUCGUAUCUAUCGUCAUGUAUCUUUAUGUCUUAACGUGCCUUUG